AUCCGAUCGCCGACGGACGAGACGCAGUGCAUGACGUGUCCGGAGGGUCACAAGCCGGACGCGCGGCGGGAGAGCUGCCUGGAGAUCCCGGCGGUGUACCUGACGCCGAGCAACGGGUGGGCCAUCGGGGCCAUGUCCUUCUCCGCCUUCGGCAUCCUCUUCACCCUCUUCAACUUCUACGUCUUCCUCCGCUACAACGACACGCCCGUCGUCAAGGCGGCCGGCCGCGAGCUCAGCUACGUCCUCCUCACCGGCAUCCUCCUCUGCUACUCCAUCACCUUCCUCCUCAUCAUCAAACCCACCGACCUCGUCUGCUCCAUUCAGAG